AUGUUGAGAUCGUUGUCUUAUAGAAGGUUAGUACUCCUGCCCAUCCUACGAAGUGGCUUUAACCACCGCUGCUUUUCCAAUAAUUUCUCAAAGUCUCAACACGACCAAUCAAUUCCAUCUGCCCCAGACUGGUCGCCUACCGCCACGGAGAAUGAUCUUUGGUUAGACCAGCUAGAUAGAACCCAUGUGGAACUUGAUGUAUAUUCUAAAGACCAGCGGUUUGAUGGUAUAGAGGACCACAGCGCUGAUGAUCAGCUAUACUCUCCUGAAUUUUUAAAGCGUGAGAACGUUUCUCCUGAAUGGUUCAACAUAUUAUCGACUGGUAAAAUGGAGUACAAAGCGCUAGGAAAAGAUCGUGAUAAGUACAUUGAUAUUGAAGUUCCUCUUGAGCAAUUCAGGUCACUUAGGACCUCGUCUUAUUCAGGCUCGAAAAAAAGGCCCAAGUCUACCAGCAGUAACCAAAACUUUUCUGAUUUGCGAAUCAUCAAUGUAAAAUCAGGGAAAGGUGGUGAUGGCGGAGUUUCAUUUUUCAGAGAUGCUGGUAGGGCUAUUGGCCCACCAGAUGGGGGAGAUGGGGGAGACGGGGGUUCAGUUUUUGUUCAGGCAAUUGAAGGCACCAACUCUCUACACAAACUUCGAGUGAAAUAUACUGCAGAAGAUGGGAAAAAUGGUGCCGGUCGGCAAUUGGAUGGUGUUAGAGGGGAAGACGUGAUCAUUACCGUUCCCGUGGGGACAACGAUCAAGUGGAUUCCAUCAACAAAUAUUUUGAAAGAGGCAGAAGAAGGUCCCCGAGUAGAAGUUCUGGAAGAUGGUGAAGAAAAAAUCAUUGAGCAAAUUACAAGUGUGAAUCUCAAAGCCGUUGGGCCUAACCCGGAAAACCUUGAAUACAUACAAUUAUUUAGAAAUGAGAAUGACCCGAUAGUUGAUAGUAAUUGGCUCUUCAAAGAAAAAGACAGAGAUUAUCAUUAUGAGAAGGAUUGGUUCAAGAAACUUGAUAAAAAAGUUAAAAAGUACGACUUGAGCUGUCUCAAGGAAGAAAUCUGUAAUGAUGUUAUUCCAUUCAAUGGGAUUGAUCUUAGUGAGCCUACGAAAAGACCAAUUUUGUUAUUGAAAGGUGGUAAAGGAGGACUUGGAAAUAUCCAUUUUUUGACCCAAGAAAUUAGAAACCCCAGAUUUAGUAAAAAAGGAAGAAACCUCUUGGAUUGCAAUUUCCUCUUUGAGUUGAAGUUGUUGGCGGAUUUUGGAUUGAUUGGGUUGCCAAAUAGUGGGAAGUCUACAUUGCUUAAUUCGAUCUCUAAUGCCAAAUCCAAGAUUGGAAAUUGGGAAUUUACAACGUUGCAACCGACCAUUGGUACUAUCAUGCCCAAGGAUGUCAAGGAAAACCAGCUUUAUCUUGAAAAUUUCACGGUGGCCGAUAUUCCAGGGAUUAUCAAAGGAGCGGCAUCUUGUGCGGAGAAACCUAAGGGAAUGGGGGUGGAGUUCUUGAGACAUAUAGAACGGUCCAAGAUUUUAAUGUUUAUUAUCAGUUUGGAGAAUGAUCCGAUCCAUGAUUUUGAAACUCUUACCAGAGAAUUGAGAUAUGGGAAAGAUCGAAUCAAUCACAAGAAGAUUUUGAUUGUUGCCACCAAAGGUGAUUUAGUGAAAGAUAGCAAGAAAUUCAGAGACUUUUCUAUCCAUAUUAGGGAAACAUUCCACAAGGACUGUCCAAUCAUUCCUGUAUGUGCGAUAAAGAAACAUAAUGUCGAUAAAUUGAUACACAUCAUGAACGAUUUUGUCCAGUGA